AUGUGGCCCACAGGCCUGGCUGGAGAAGGUGUCAGCGGUGCCAUCCGUUGGGGAACGAGGAGGUGGUGGUCUUGGCGCUGUUUUGGCACUCUGGAGAUCACGUCGCUGCGCUUCAGCAGAGGCAGUUUAGAGGGGAAACGAGAGCAAAAGAGCUACAAAGCGCUGCUUGAAGACCCGAUGCUGCGGUUCUCUGGCCUCUACCAGGAGAACUGCUCGGACCUCUACGUCACCUGUCAGGUGUUUGCUGAAGGAAAACCUCUCGCGCUGCCCGUCCGCACCUCGUAUAAAGCGUUCAGCACACGUUGGAACUGGAACGAGUGGCUGCGGCUGCCGGUCAAGUACCCAGACCUUCCCCAAAGUGCUCAGGUGGCUCUCACAGUUUGGGACAUCUAUGGGCCCGGCAGAGCUGUCCCCGUCGGGGGGACCACUGUCACCCUAUUUGGCAAAUAUGGUAUGUUCCGGCAAGGGAUGCACGACCUGAAGGUCUGGCCGGGCGUGGAGGGAGAUGGAGGAGAGCCCACCACCACACCAGGACGCACCAGCAGCAGCCUGACGGAGGACCAGAUGGGCAGACUUGCCAAGGGCCCUGACCUGGAGGUACUCAGUGAUCUGACGAAGGCCCACCGACAGGGCCACAUGGUGAAGGUCGACUGGCUGGACCGCCUGACCUUUAGAGAAAUUGAGAUGAUCAACGAGAGCGAGAAACGCAGCUCUAACUUCAUGUACCUCAUGGUGGAGUUUCCCCGUGUCAAAACAAAUGACAAGGAGUACAGUAUUGUCUAUUAUGAAAAGGACGGAGACGACGCAUCACCUGUUCUUACGAGCUGCGACAUCGUCAAAGUUCCUGACCCACAGAUGGGGAUGGAAAACCUGGUUGAGAGCAAACAUCACAAACUGGCUCGUAGCCUCCGCAGCGGGCCCUCAGAUCACGACCUGAAGCCCAACGCCGCCACACGAGACCAGCUGAACAUCAUCGUGAGUUACCCUCCGACCAAGCAGCUGAGCUCUGAGGAGCAGGACCUGGUUUGGAAGUUCAGAUACUACCUCACCACACAGGAGAAGGCUCUGACAAAGUUCCUCAAGUGUGUGAACUGGGAUCUGCCCCAGGAGGCCAAGCAGGCUCUGGAGCUGCUGGGGAAGUGGAGGCCGAUGGACGUGGAGGACUCCCUGGAGCUGCUGUCGUCCCAGUUCACCAACCCCACAGUCAGACGCUACGCUGUGGCGCGUCUGCAGCAGGCGGAUGAUGAGGACCUGCUGAUGUAUCUCCUGCAGCUGGUUCAGGCGCUGAAGUACGAGAACUUCAGUGAUAUUCAGGGAGGACUGGAGCCAGGCAGCAAGAGAGACAGCCAGGGACUUUCAGAUGACUCCGCACUGGACAGUUCCCAGAUCCUGUCGGGAACAUCUGGACCUUCAGCUGCCACGCAGAAAGGCAAGGAUGCAGCCGACAGCGAGAAUUUAGAGCAAGACUUGUGCACAUUUCUCAUCUCUCGUGCUUGCAAGAACUCCACACUUGCCAACUAUCUGUAUUGGUAUGUGAUUGUGGAGUGUGAGGAUCAGGACACGCAGCAGAGAGAUCCUAAAACCCACGAGAUGUACCUGAACGUCAUGAGGAGGUUCAGUCAGGCUCUGCUCAAGGGCGAUAAGAGCGUGAGGGUGAUGCGGUCGCUGUUGGCCGCCCAGCAGACGUUUGUAGACAGAUUGGUGCAGCUGAUGAAGGCCGUGCAAAGAGAAAGCGGGAAUCGCAAGAAGAAGACGGAGCGGCUGCAGGCUCUGCUGGCUGACAACGAGAAGGUGAAUCUUUCGGAGAUUGAGCCGAUUCCUCUUCCUCUGGAGCCUCAGAUCAGAAUCAGAGGCAUCGUCCCCGAGACAGCCACGCUCUUCAAGAGUGCUCUGAUGCCCGCCAAACUGAUCUUCAAGGCUGAGGACGGAGCCAUGUACCCGGUUAUCUUCAAACACGGAGACGACCUCAGACAGGAUCAGCUCAUCCUCCAGAUCAUCUCGCUCAUGGACAAACUGUUGAGGAAAGAGAAUUUGGACCUGAAGUUGACACCUUACAAAGUAUUAGCCACCAGCACCAAACACGGUUUUAUGCAGUUUGUUCAGUCGGUUCCUGUUGCUGAAGUUCUGGCUACUGAAGGCAACAUCCAGAGCUUCUUCAGGAAGCAUGCACCGAGUGAAAAAGGACCCUACGGCAUCAGCUCAGAGGUGAUGGACACCUACGUCAAGAGCUGUGCUGGUUACUGUGUCAUCACGUACAUCCUCGGAGUAGGAGACAGACACUUGGACAAUCUGCUACUGACAAAGACAGGGAAGCUCUUCCACAUCGACUUCGGCUACAUCCUGGGUCGGGACCCCAAACCGCUGCCUCCGCCCAUGAAGCUGAGCAAAGAGAUGGUGGAGGGGAUGGGAGGCAUGCAGAGCGAGCAGUACCAAGAGUUCAGGAAGCAGUGCUACACCGCCUUCCUGCACCUGCGAAGAUACUCCAACCUGAUCCUGAAUCUGUUCUCUCUUAUGGUGGACGCCAAUAUUCCCGACAUCGCCCUGGAGCCUGACAAGACGGUUAAGAAGGUGCAGGACAAGUUCAGAUUGGACCUGUCAGACGAGGAGGCAGUCCAUUACAUGCAGAGUCUGAUUGAUGAGAGCGUGGGCGCUCUGUUUGCUGCUGUGGUUGAACAGAUACACAAGUUUGCUCAGGGGCAACAGGCUGAGCAAAGCACUCCAGACGUCCCCUCUCCCCAGCGACGCUUUCCGGCUCCUCCUGGGGAUCCCGAGGCGUUCUCAGGCCAGACCAGAUAUGUAAUCCCUCCAGCGUGGUCUGGGUCCUCCACAGGGUCUCCAAACAGUUGGAUGUGCGUGGAACACCUGUACGGGUGGCGCCCGGGAGGCAUCCUGAUCACAUGCCCGAACCACCUCAACUGGCACCUUUCGACGCGAAGGAGCGGCGGCUCUACUCUGAGCUCCUCCUGGAUGUCCGAGCUCCUCACCCAAUCUGUAAGGCCGAGCCCGGCCACCCUCCGGAGGAAACUUAUUUCGGCUAACUGUAUCCGCGAUCUUAUUCUUUCAGGGCAGCACCCAGAGCUCAUGACCGCAGGUGAGGGAGUCAAGAAUCAGGAGUUUUGCCUUCUAACUCAGCUCCGUCUUCACCACGACAGUCCGAGCCAACCUGCACAUCACUGCGGACGCAAAAACCGCCUCACGCUCCAGCCGACUCUCACUGGGGAACAAGACCCCGAGAUAUUUGAACUCCUUCUCUUGGGGCAGCAACUCUGUCCCCACCCAGAGGGAGCCGUUUUUCAGCCUUCCUCAGAUUUGGAGGUGCUGACUCUCAUCUCGACCGUCUGUCUUACAACAGAUAAUCUAAACGAUCCGAACAGCAUGGAGCUGCUCGCUCCCGUUCACCUCAUCACCGCAACUCAACUACCUCCCCCAGGCAGGUUUGUGAGAGAGGAUUUACGUACAAAAAAGAUGGCGCCAAGUAUCCGGCAGAGCUGGAGGAAGGAGGACCUCGCAUCGCUCAGUCGACGACACGCCCGAGAGAAACAUUCAGGGAGGCGGCGUUGUGACGGACAAAACACAGACAAGAUCUGUGUGGACACCGGGAAGAGUCUCAGAGACUAUAAUGGACAAAGGUGGACUUGUGAGGAGAGUCGAGAUAUUUUUAGGAGACAGAAAUCUGAACGAAAAGGGUGA